CAGUUUCCCAUUUUCUCCUUCAAUAUGAAACCUUUGAAUGUAAACAUCAUCCUGUGGUCUUCAAAAUGAUCAUUUUUAUUGGCCGAAGGAUCAUGAAGGACUCAAGUGUAUUUACUAGAUCAUCCCCCUACUGUUCUAAAUUGAGUGUGUUUACCUUUUCUUGAACUACAAACAACCCUGUGAGUAGCACCCUUACGUGUUCAAAUUUUGCUUUGCUUUUUAAGAAUUAUUUCAUUAGGAUAAAUAACUAGUCAAAGUGCGUAAGGGGCCCUUAUGGUUCUGGGUGUGUUUUGUCAAAGUGCUGUUUCCCAAAUGGUUGGCCCUGGUGACACGUAGGUGCAUAUAGAAUCACUACGUCUUAUGCCAAGAAGGGUCUACUCCGGCUACCGCAUCGUUCGAAAUGCACCAAAUUUGAAAGACGGCAGAGCAGUUUGGGGGCAGCUGCCUGUGGCAGACGCAGAGAUGCAGAUCUUUGUGGAGACCCCGACGGGCAGGACCAUCGCCCUCAAGGUUGAGCGCAGGGCCACCACUGAGGAUGUCAAAGCCAACGUCCAAGGCAAAGAGGGCAUCCCGCCUGACCAGCAGCAUCUGAUUUUUGUGGACAGACAACUGGAAGAUGGCCACGCUCUGGCAGACUGCACUACCACAAAGCGUCCACCCUGUGCUUGGCGCGCCUGUGGGGUGGCAUCGUCUCCGUCGUCAACAUCAUCUCCGGCGUCACCGUCAUCUCUGCCAGCUGGCCCAGAAAUGCAACUGCGACAAGAGGAUCUGUCACAGGUCUUAUGCUCACCUGCACCCCCGCGCUGUCUACUGCCUCAGGAAGUGCAGCCACACCGACAACCUGCCGGCUCCCACCUCCCAGAAGAAGGUCAAACAAGGGCCUUCCAUCCGCUCUUCCUUGGCCGGCAAGGUGGUCUCCUGCAUGAGUCCCAAGGCCCUGGAGCCUCAGUUUCCCUUUCGUUGAAAAACAACAGCAACAAAUGCACCAAGUUCGAGGCUGGUCCUGACAAAAGAUAAAAGGAGGCAUGGAUAUUUGUUUGCCGGUUUAAAAAAUGACCCACUUGGCAAUAUUGUAGAUCUAGUUGACAGCUCGCUUAGCUGGACAGCUUCAAAAUUAUUUGUUUCUUGACGUAUGUUUUGAAAGGUGGGAGAAUUCAGACAAAAUGAGCCUUUGUUUGUAGUCAACAUUUCAUAAGGUAUUUGCUUUGCACAUUUAAAAUGCUUGCGUGGGGCACCUGGGUGGCUCUGUUGGUUAAGUGUCUAAUUCUCGAUGGCGGCUCAGGUCAGGAUCUCACGGUUGUGAGAUCGAGCCCCACGUCAGGCGCUGCCCUGACUGGGGAGACUGCUUGAGAGUCUCUCUCUCUCUGCACACCCCCUUCCCUGCCCCACACACUCCCUCUUUCUCUAAAAUUAA